AUGCACAUCCCGGAAAAUCUUAGACUUGUACUCAUUAUCAUAUUCUUUACUGUACUAUACUACCACAGGCACAAGAAAGAAAACAAAAUGGUUGCCCAAGAAACUAUUGACUACGUCCAAAAACUUAUCAAGGAGAACAAGAUCAUUGUCUUCGCCAAAUCAUACUGUCCAUACAGCAUAGCCACCAGACGUACUUUAUUUAACGACUGUAAGGUCCCACAAUCAAAGGCGUUAGUGCUGGAACUAGAUUUGAUGCAGGACGGACAAGAGAUCCAACAGGCUUUGUUAGCCAUUAACGGUCAAAAGACGGUACCUCACGUGUACAUCGCAGGUGAAUUCAUCGGUGGUAAUCAUGAACUACAACAAAUCUUCCAAUCUGGUGAAUUGCAGAAAAAAUUGGCUCCUAUCUUGGCCUAG